UGUCAGCCGAGGAGCUAGCUAGCUGCUCACAACAUACGCUGCCAAACAUAGGCCUACUCACUGUAACUUUGGUAUUCUACACGAGCUGUAAAGAACCAGACCCUGGUUUGAUUGAGUAAGAUGGUCGUUUUGACAAAUAACAAUGAAGAACAACAGGAUUAUAUCCUGAUAGAGGAGCGUAAAUGCUCCUCCCUGCCCAACUCUCCAGCCAGGAGAGUUUCUCCCACCAAAAAGAAGCAGUUCUUUAUCAACCAAGCCAUCCGUAACUCUGACCUCACUCCCCGAGCCAAAGGCAAGAAGAGCCUGCGCCGACAGGAGAACACACGCUUUCUUGCUAAUCUUCUUGAGAGGGAUGAGUGCUCCAAAGAUGAUCUGGAAGUUUGCAGUAAUCCAGCGAUCCCAUCCAUCUUCACUGAAGCCUGCACCAAUGGAAACUACAUAGAGCCAUGGAAUGACUUCAUGAAUUGCUCCGGUGAGGAGCAGGAGAGGCUGCUGUCACUGCUGGAGCAGGAGGAGGCCAAGAAGAAAAACAAAGACGAUAGGAAUGUAAAUCCUGCCUUUAUUGCUCAGGACUGCUUCCAGAGAAUCGAUCGCAGGCUGCGAGCGACUCUCAAAAGGAAACAAAUCCCCAUGGGAAUUCUGGAAGUACUUGAGGAAAACCUUGUGAACUUCUUCAACACUCAACCUCACUCAGUUUACACAACCAACCUCGGCAGCAGCUUUGAGAGACUGCUGCUUCAUGCCGUCUGCCAGUAUAUGGACCUCGUCUCUGCAAGCACCGACUACAACGGGUCACGUCAGACCGAAGUGGUGAACAAACAAGAGGAGUUUCUGCCUCCUAGACUUCUGCUGUCCGUCUACUUGGAGAAGAUGAGCUGAAGUCAGGACCAAGACAUGUUUCCCCUUUCCUCGGCGCAGCUCUGCUGCAGGCAGGGGCUCUGAGAGGUGUAGAUAAGGCUGUGUAAGUUGUCUGUGUAAUGUCUGCCAAGCUCCGAAAACAGAGCUGCUUACUUUUUCUCUGUUUGGUCUCUAGGAAAUUCUCCAUUAAUUGUAUCUAUAAACCCGUCAGAGUUCAUUGAUUCACAUGGCAAAUGUUACGUGUUAAACAUUAGCAUGUAAGAAUGCUAACUGUGGGCAUGUGCGGUUAGCAUUUAGUGUAAAUUAGUUGACAAAUUACAACUUGCCUUGAGAAUAACUGUUUUGACCAGGCCAACUUUCACCUCAAUGCCCCACUGGUAAAGAUAAGAAUCUAACAAUAGCAAAUGUUUUUUUAAUCCAUCCAACAGUUUUGUUUUCUGGUGUAUAAUAAGUUAAGUACAGCAUCAUCGAGCUGCUUGGCUCUAAUGAACUACUGUUUCCAUACUGCACUGGGAAUUAAAGGAAGUCCCUUUCCCAAGUUUUAAAUAAACUCAUUAAUAUAUUAA